GUCUAAUGGAAGAAGACCCUUCCAAAGGAGAUGGAGGGAAUGGAGAGACCAAAUACCGUGGCGUCCGGCGCCGACCGUGGGGGAAGUACGCGGCGGAGAUCCGCGACUCUGCCCGGCAGGGUGCCCGCAUCUGGCUCGGCACCUUCAACACCGCUGAAGAGGCUGCCCGGGCCUACGACCGGGCGGCGUACGCAAUGAGAGGUUCGCUCGCCGUCCUCAAUUUUCCUGAUGAAGUCCCUUCUCGGAGAACCGGGUCGGCAUCCACAAGCUGGUCCAUGGCGAGGGAGCAAGGGAACCAAGUGAUCGAGUUUGAGUGCUUGGAUGACAAGGUGUUGGAGGACAUGCUGGAGCAUGGGGAGAAACGUGGCAAGAAGAAAUAGAAGGCUGCACAUAUAUACUAUAUAUAUAUGUGUGUGUGAGAGAGAGA